AUGGGCAAGCUUGCGAGUCCACGUCAAUCCGACCAGGCCGCCGUUGGUCAUGGCCUAGCUCAGGUCUUGCCUCAAGAUGGAGUUCCCUGGUAUCGUAAGAGACACUUGAUCAUCCUCAAUGCCUACGCGUACUCCUUGUCUCUUCUCGCGGCCGCAAAUGGAUUCGAUGGCACCAUGAUAAAUGGACUUCAAGCAUUGCCCGCAUGGCAAGAAUUUAUGAAUCACCCAACAGGAGCCUGGCUAGGUUUCAUCGGCGCGGCACAGCCUUUAUCGAGCACAAUAGCUUACCCAAUUAUUGCCUACUUUGCCAAUCGUUGGGGUCGCAAAAAGGGCCUCUUUAUCGGCUUUGCCUUUCUCUUUCUUGGUACUUUUCUUCAAGCCUUCGCCCCAAAUCAAGCUGCCUUCAUCCUUGGUCGUUUCUUCCUUGGCCAGCCCAGCGCCUGGUGGGGUGGACUCUCACCCUUAAUCAUUACUGAAAUCGCAUAUCCUACGCAUCGAGCCUUUCUCACAUCCCUUUACAAUAGUGGCUGGUACGUAGGUAGCUUACUAGCUGCUUGGGCAACGUUUGGAACACGGAACUACAGCGAUUCUUGGGCGUGGAGAAUCCCUUCUAUUCUCCAAGCAGCCAUACCAGUCAUGGUGCUGCCGUUUGCCAUACUUGUUCCCGAGUCUCCACGCUUCCUAGUCUCGCAAGGCAAACGAGCCGAAGCUAAGAAGAUGUUGACAAAGUUCCACGCAGGUGGUGACGAAAAUUCUGCCCUUGUUGAUUUCGAACUCGAAGAGAUUGAAACGGCAAUCCAGGCGGAAAAGGAUGCAGCAUCCAGUACUUCUUGGAUGGAUCUCUUCAGAACUCCAGGAAACCGACAUCGUGCUGCAAUUUCGAUCACUCUUGGUGUCUUUGCCCAGUGGAACGGUGUUGGUGUCGUUUCGUACUAUCUGGCCCUUGUCCUACAGACGGUCGGAAUCACAUCAGUGACCGAUCAAACUUUGAUCAGCGGCUGUUUACAGAUCUGGAACUUGAUAUUUGCCGUGGGUGCUGCCGCAUUCGUUGACAGAUUGGGACGGCGGCCUCUUUUCCUGAUCAGUUCUAUCGGAAUGCUGGUCAGCUUCAUUCUGAUCUCCGGCCUCUCAGGAUCGUUUGCCACCACAGGAAACGCGCCUACCGGUCUUGCCGUGAUCCCUUUCCUUUUCAUUUACUAUGCUUUCUACGACAUUGCUUUUACUCCGCUCAUAGUAUCAUAUCCUGCCGAAAUUUGGCCAUACACGCUCCGUGCCCGAGGAACCGCGCUUACACAGAUGUCCACAUAUGCAGCCAUCUUCUUCAACACGUUUGUUAACCCAAUCGCCCUGAAUGAUAUUGGUUGGAAGUACUAUGUCGUAUUUGCAGUGAUUCUUGUCGUGGUUACAAUCACUAUCUAUUUCCUCUACCCAGAAACACGUGGCCAUACAUUGGAGGAAAUGGCCGUGGUUUUCGGUGAAGGCGAUGCCGUGGCCGAGGUUUCCAAAGACGUCAAAUACAAUGUGGAGGUCACACACAAGGAGACUGUCUAG